UCACGUGACAGUGUGGAUGACAAGUGCAAGUUAGGUUACGUACGAUUUUGACGUUUGAACUGAUUUUCAACGAAGCCGCCCGGUGCAGAAGAUCCAGAAAUUGCAUCGAGAAGACUAGUCCUAUUGAAAACCUCGAGCUUCAAUAACGUAAAGAAAUGCCGCCGAAGCAAUUAAAGGAAAGUUUAAUUUUUCUGGUGGACGUUGGAGUCCCCUGUCAGGAUGAUCAAAGCAGUUUGCAGCUGUUGGAUAAGGAAAAGUACAUCCUUAAACAUAUUAUUCAAAAGAAGAUAUUUCUACGUCCCAAGGAUGAGAUAGGAGUGAUAUUAAUGGGCUCAGGCAGCAAUGAAAGCAGCAGUGCUACAGAAUUUGACAAUGUACAAGAACUCUGUAGCAUGCAGGUUGGAAAUUGGGAUUUGAUAAAAAAUAUUGAAAGGCUGCAAACCACAAAUCAGAGUUGUUCUUGGAUGGAGGCAAUUUAUGCUGCAGUUGAUUAUAUCAAACGUGAAUGCGUAGAUAAAUCUGAGAGAAAAAUAAUUUUGCUAUCUGCUUUCAAUGAGGAGAAGGAUUUUGUUGACCAGUUUCAGGCAAAUGAUAUUGCAGAGAUAUUAAAUUCAGAAGAAAUUUCACUCAUAGCAAUCGGAGAGAAAACACUGCCUAUUGCAGAUGAAGAUUCUCAAACGGCUAGUGAAGUGUUGCUUAUGGAAGUUAUAGAACAGAUUGGUGGGCAGUAUCUCACCUUUGAAAACGCUAUGUCAGAUGUGCGCUUUUACAAACGGCCAUCGACUAAACCGUUUCAAUGGCACUGUCAAAUGGAAUUGGGCGACUUCUGCUUUCCAAUCACUGGAAUUGCUAAAAUGCCGAAUGAGGUGAAACUACCGGAUAUGACACUGAUGGGUAAGUUGAGUGCAUCCAAUAAAGAAGAAGCGGAUAAAGAAGUACCAAUUAAAAAUGUUGCACAAUGGACGGACAACAAUAGGACUAUUCAUACGCAAGAGGAUAUUAUCCGUGGUUAUGUGUAUGGUGGCAAAGCCAUUCCUGUUUCAGAUGAAUCUAAGAAAAGAAUGACUCCUAAAAAUAACGAGAAAUGUUAUAAAAUUCACGGUUUCACUGCAAGAGAAAAUGUUCCUAUGGAAUGUUGGUUGUCGGAUGGCUCAUACGUUAUUGUACCCGCUAACGAGUCGGCAAGUGCGCCGUUUUACAGUCUGGUGCAAGCCAUGGUUGACAAAAACGUUGUUGCAAUAGUAGAGAAGGUCUAUAGAGCAAACACCGAAGCUAACAUGAUGGCAUUAUUUCCAAGUGUUGACGUACCAAAUGAACCAUGGUGCCUUAUUGAGAUCGGUUUGCCAUUCGAGCGAGAUUAUGGAGCAAUAGCGCAGAGACCGUUGAAAAAAAUGAUGGAUCAAUUAUCAAAGGAGCAGAAUGAUGCCAUUGAUGAUCUGUUAACGUCCUUAGAAUUGCCCGAUGCUGCCGAUGAUGACGUGACUGGAGGCGAAAAAUAUUUACCAGGAUAUAUGCCGGAUCCUGGAGCGCAACACAUGUGGGAUACAUUAGUAGCUCGCGCGCUUAAUCCAGACAAACCGUUACCACCUAUUGCCGAUGAUUUGUUAAAUCUUCUGGAGCCCCCCGAAUUUUUGAAAGAAAAAUGCAAACCAGUUACCGAGAGGAUUAAAAACUUAUUCUUCUUAGAGAAAAAGAAGCCUCUUAAAAGAAAGCGUGAUAUAUCGCAAGAGGAGAAUGACAAACAAUCUGAUGCUAACAGCAUGCUUAUGAUGCAAACAGUUAAAGAAGAGAAAAUAAAUGCCAUAGAAGGCAAUAAUGAUAAAUUAAAAAAUGUUACUUUACCUGAUACAAGUGAUUUUAAUUUUGAUGAGACUAUUGAUAUAUAAGGAGCUCCUGGCAGCAAUUUUGAUAAUUACGUUAACAGUAUAGUUCUUGAUCUUCAAUAUUCUUCUCAUACCAACAGCAACGAUGACUCUAUCGUUAACCGAAUAAGGGAGAGACGAGGCCAUCCACCUACAUAACGCCUACCUUUCUUCUAUCUUCGAUUUACCAAAAAUUUGUUAGCACCUAAACAUUACAAUAUAUAUUAUGCUCAGUUGGUUUCCAGAAUGUUAUAUUGCCUUCGUCUAUAUUCAAUAAAUCUUUGAUUAAAUCGAA